AAAUCAAGCUCGUGUCCGGCUAUUCCCCCCCCUUGUUUCAACUUUCAACGAAACGGGAUAAAUUUGACUCGCGAGUAGCGACUUGGGAGUUUUGGAGGGGGAAGAGGAAGGGAGCGUCUGCGCCAACCUUUGCAAGUUGCAACGAUAUUUCGGCUGUUUCUUUCUUUUUCUUCUCAUCAGUUACCAUGGUUUAGAGCCGCUUGACUCCGCACCGUGCUUUCCGAUUCCUCGAAUUUUCGGUUUGUCUCCGACUCCAAUCCAUUUCCUCCACUUUUGUUAUCCCGACUGGUACGACUACUUAAUUCAAAUUGUCGGGGUUCGCUGCAUUGAAAUGGUCACCACCGAGUGAAGGACAGAGCUUCUAUGCAAGUCGUCGAGCUGUAAUUUCUAUUUUCUAGGGAUCGAACACGAUGCAGUCCGGAUAUGAUAUCCAUGAGCUGUUCCAAGAGGCUAAAAAUCGUUGGCUGAAACCUGCAGAAGUUCUUUUCAUUUUACAGAAUCAUGAAAGUCAGAAGCUCACUGAAGAGCCCCUUCAAAGGCCUCCAGGUGGGUCUUUAUUCCUUUUCAACAAGAGGGUGCUUCGUUUUUUUCGUAGAGAUGGUCAUAUUUGGCGAAAAAAGAAGGAUGGUAGAACAGUUGGGGAAGCACAUGAAAGGCUUAAGGUUGGAAAUGUUGAAGCUUUAAAUUGUUAUUAUGCACAUGGAGAACAGAAUCCAAGUUUUCAGAGGCGAAGCUAUUGGAUGCUUGAUCCGGCAUAUGAACACAUUGUUCUUGUUCAUUAUAGAGAAGUUAGUGAGGGAAGGAGGUACAAUGCUGGAUCAAUAUCUAACCUGUCUCCAGGCUUCUCUUCUACUCCAGGUCCCAGCUUCUAUACUGCCCAAAAUCCAAGCUCUUCUUCCGGAACAAAUGAACUAAAUGAACCAUAUCAUACUUCAUUUAGUCCAGGAUCUGUGGAAGUGAGUUCUGAGUCAGUUAAAAGGAAAAAUGGGCUAGAUCAGUUGGAGGGAAUGGAUGAAGUAGGGAAAUUUAAUAGUUUGUCAGAUUCUCAGAUUAAUCAAGCACUGCGUAGGAUUGAGGAGCAAUUAAGUUUAAAUGAUGAUGACUUAGCAGAAGAGCUUUCUUCAUACUAUUUUGAAAAUGAGAAAUCCAAAGAACCUGUUGUUUUAGAAUAUGAAAAGGGGAGACUCAAAGAGGAUCAAGAUGUAAUUCUGCUACAUGCAUCAGAAUAUAGAGUACACGAUCAACAUUAUGGUGGUAAUGCUGGAAAGCAAGAUGAUUCAACCAACAGCCAGUUGCUAAAAAAUGCAGGUGAUAAAAAGGAACACCUUCUUCAGCCAUCUGUUCCAGAAUGUGCAGUUGAAAGGAUAGAAUCUCCGUCUUGGAAAGAUAUGUUAACUGUGAUUGACCAAGAGAAAGUUUUCGACAAAUCAAAUGGAAAUGAAAAACCGCUAUCUUCAGGAAGUGGAAAAGUCUCUUCAAACCUUGUUGAACAUCAAGAAGACUGGCCUUCCCAGUGGCUAGAGCCUGGUGGAUAUAAUGGAGAAUAUGGUAGUUACAAAACAAAUGAGGACAUGCAAAUCUCAGCAGCUAGACAAUUUCUGUUAAGCUCUGACAGCUUUCUUGAAUCUCCAACAUUAACAUCACUGCUUCAGGAAGUUGAGAAAUCUAAAUUUUCUGCAUUUUCUUCUGGAAUAAGUAUUUUCGAAGCCAACACUUAUAAUAAGAUGUGGUUUGACCAAGAAAGUCCACUUGGAAUUCCUCUUGGAGCAGAUUCAUCAAAUUUGAUUAUAGCACAGAAACAGAGGUUUACCAUUUCUGAAAUAUCCCCAGAAUGGGGUUAUGCCAAUGAGAACACAAAGGUCAUUAUUACUGGAUCCUUUCUUUGUGAUCCUUCUGAAUGUGCAUGGGCUUGUAUGUUUGGUGAUACUGAGGUUCCUGUAGAAAUGAUUCAGGAAGGUGUCCUUCGUUGCCAGGCUCCUUCACACAUUCCUGGAAAAGUCAGUGUGUGUAUCACUAGUGGAAAUAAAGAAUCCUGCAGUGAGAUCAAAGAGUUUGAAUACCGCAUGAAGCUGAUGAGAUGUGAGCACUGUAAGCUACCCCAUGCAGGAGUAAAUGAGAGCACAGAAGAACUGUUGUUGCUUGUCAGAUUUGCACAGAUGCUUCUUUGUGUUUCAUCUACUCAGAAGGAGGAUAGUAUUGAAUCAGAAGCUGACCAAUUUAGCAAAUUGAUUGUUGAUGAAGAUCCAUGGGGACAUAUCAUAGAUGCACUCUUAGUUGGUAGUGAGACCGCAUCCAGCAUCAUGUAUUCUCUUCUGCAAGAACUUUUAAAGGACAAGUUGCAGUGGUGGCUUUUGUCCAGAUGUCAUAAGGAAGGUGAUACUCCUGGAUGUCACUUGUCCAAGAAAGAGCAAGGGAUAAUACAUAUGGUUGCUGGCUUGGGCUUUGAGUGGGCACUAAAUCCUAUUCUUGAUUCUGGCAUCGGUAUUGACUUUCGUGAUGUUAAUGGAUGGACUGCUCUGCAUUGGGCUGCACGUUUUGGAAGGGAAAAGAUGGUUGCUGCACUUUUAGCAGCUGGUGCUUCAGCUGGAGCUGUGACAGACCCUACUUCCAAAGAUCCAAUUGGUAGAAACCCAGCUUCCAUUGCUGCUGCCAGUGGCCACAAGGGACUUGCAGGAUAUCUUUCAGAGAAGGCACUAACUAGCCAUCUUUCGUCCCUCACACUGGAAGAAAGUGAGCUUUCCAAAGGCUCUGCAGUUGUGGAGGCAGAAAGAACUGUGGAAAGCAUUUCAAGGGAAAGCUUCGGUGCCAUUGAUGAUCAGCUCUCCCUUAAAGAUUCCUUGGCUGCAGUCCGAAAUGCAGCUCAGGCUGCUGCACGUAUUCAAUCGGCUUUUCGUGAGCAUUCUUUCAGAAGGAGGCAACAGAGAGAUGCCUGUGCUGGUGCUAAUGUUGACGAAUAUGGUUUUGCUCCAGAUGACAUUAAUGGGCUUUCAGCUGCAUCAAAGUUGGCCUUCCGCAGCUUUCGUGAUCAUAGGUUGGAUAAAGCAGCUUUGUCUAUUCAGAAGAAAUAUCGUGGCUGGAAAGGACGCAAAGACUUUUUAUCACUGCGGCAGAAAGUAGUUAAGAUUCAGGCUCAUGUGCGAGGCCAUCAGGUCAGGAAGAAGUACAAGUUGAUUGUAUGGGCUGUUGGCGUUUUAGAUAAGGUUGUGCUGCGGUGGUGUCGGAGAGGAGUUGGUUUACGAGGAUUCCGGCCAGAAUUGGAGUCAACGGACGAAAGUGAAGAUGAAGACAUUCUCAAGGUGUUCCGAAAACAGAAAGUGGAUGCAGCUAUUGAAGAAGCUCUCUCAACUGUGCUGUCCAUGGUUGAGUCUCCUGAUGCACGUCAACAGUAUCACCGCAUGCUUGAAUGCUACCAUCAGGCAAAGGCUGAAUUCAGUGACGCAAUGAGCGAUACUGCAUCAGCUUUACAGGGCAAUGACGAAUAUAUGGAAAAUGAUAUGUUUCAGUUCCCAUAUGAGCAACUCUAAACGUUCACAGUUUCUGGUUAUUCUGGUGGUCCAAGUUUUUAUUCACCUUGUGGUCUUGUAUACGGUAAUGCCAUUCAGCAGUUGUACAUAAUAUUAUUUUGAUUUAAGAAUAGUUGCAAGUGAUUGUGAUUGGUCACAUAUGAAUACAUGUAACCAUGUUGUAAAUGCUAUGCUUGUAUUUGCUCUACAUGUUUCUUUUUCUUUCCAUACCUAGGAAUUAACUGAUGCUGAUAUGGCUAAUUAAGAUACCAAUUUCCAAUUUUUUUCA